AUGGGGGGGCCUUCAAAAACCGCAGAUGUUGAAGAUUUUCUCAGUCGUCUUUUCGCAGAUGGCGACCUAAUCCCUUUAGGUCCGCUCCAAAAGUACAUAGGACCCCUUCUUGCUCGUCGCCGAACGCCCAAGAUCCAAAAGCAAUAUUCAGAUAUUGGCGGAGGGUCGCCGAUUCGGCAAUGGUCAGAGCAUCAAUGCGAAGAAAUGUGCAAGAUUCUAGACGAGAUAUCCCCGGAAACUGCUCCGCACAAACCAUACGUUGCGUUUAGAUAUGCCGCGCCAUUGACAGAAGAGAUGUACAGUAGGUUGCUGGAUGAUGGCUUUGGGCGAGGAAAUGGUGGACGAGCUGUUGCAUUCACGCAAUAUCCCCAAUACUCAUGCUCUACCACUGGCAGUUCUCUCAAUGAGUUAUGGAAGUGGAGGAAUAGGCUAGAAGGGCCACGCUCAGGUGAAGACCCUGCCGGUGCUAUUCAAUGGAGUGUGAUUGAUCGAUGGCCUACGCAUUCUGGCCUUGUAGAGGCGUUCGCAAAGAAUAUUGAAGACCAGUUGGCUACUUACCCGGAAGACAAACGAUCAUCGGUGCUACUCCUCUUCUCUGCUCAUAGUCUUCCUAUGAGCGUCGUCAAUCGAGGGGAUCCAUACACGGCGGAAGUCGCGAUGACAGUCCAUGCAGUCAUGCAGCGCUUGGGAUUCUCGAAUCCCUACCGACUCUGCUGGCAGUCACAAGUUGGACCGUCCGCGUGGCAAGGCGCUCAAACUAGCCAUACUGUUGAGAAUUACGUUAAAAAGGGAUUCACCGAUAUGAUACUCGUGCCUAUCGCCUUUACCAGUGAUCACAUUGAAACUCUCUAUGAGUUAGACAUCGAAGUGAUAGGGGAAGCUGGUCAAUCCGGUAUCAAAAGGGCAGAGAGUCUCAAUGGAAGCCCGACUUUCAUUCGCGCCUUGGCCGACAUUGCUCGGACUCAUCUGCAAUCCGGGGAGCCAUGUUCACGGCAGAUGACGCUUCGCUGCCAGGCCUGUACCAGUGAACGCUGUUUGGAGCAAAAGAAGUUUUUUGCCGGGGAUGCGAUGAAAUCUCUUACUCAUUUUGCCGACGGUGCAGUUUCUAUGUCGGGCAUAGGAGGUGACGAAACCCUCACGGUGGAUGCCGAGCAGGAUGCACAGGUGCUACGCGCAAGGGUGUCUCCCCAGCACCCCAUCUUGAAUGAUGUAGACGACCAAUUGGUGCCCGAAUUAGCUCCUCUGUUAGGCCCAGAGUCAGUGGACAGAGAAGACGAUUUCAUUGACAGGAUUAAUAAGCCGUGGUUGGGAUGUCCGGAAUUCGAUGCAAAGCCGCCCUGGAGGCGUCCAUCUGUCUGGUGGAUCAUCCCUCCUACUGUUCUCUUUACACUUGCGUUUGGUGGAAUAGCUGUUCCCAAAGUCAACCUCGCCCUUGCUGUCGUAUGCCGAGACUAUUUUGCUGAUCAAAAGGCAAAAGACCCAGCCUUCACAUAUGCACCAGUGAUCUUUGGGGACGACAAUGAUCAAUGCCGUAUACCGGCAGUUCAAUCCAUCGCGUCGCGAACUUUGCUUUACGUGAACCUGAUAUCAGGGUUCCUGUCGGCACUCGUAAGCCCGCGACUAGGCGAGCUGUCUGAUAGACAUGGACGCAUGCCACUCUUGGCUAUUUGCAUUUUCGGCACUCUUCUGUCCGAGUUUUUCACCACUUUUCUUGCGGCCUAUCCCGAUAGCGCGUCGGUUAACUGGUUCUUCGUUGCUGCUUUCAUUGACGGCUUAUGCGGGUCUUUUACCUUGGGUCUUUCGUUGGUGCAUUCGUAUGCAGCCGAUUGCACCUCUCCGGAGAGAAGGAAUGUCGUAUUUGGAUUGAUCCAUGCCACAUUGUUCAGUGGCAUUGCACUGGGGCCAUUCCUAUUUGGACUCAUUGCCAAAUACAGCGGAGGCCUAGUGGCUGUCUUCCUUGCUGUUCUGGCUUUGCAUGGAGUCUAUUUCCUCAUGCUAGUGCUUUUCAUUCCAGAGUCUUUAUCUAAAGACCGGCAAGCGGUUGCCAAAACGAAACAUAUUGCAAAGCAAAAGCGUUCGAAUAGCACUUCCAGGCAAAACAUAUGGCGAGAACUGCAUCCCGCCAAUAUCUUCAAACCUUUGGUGAUCUUGUUUCCAAAGCCCAAUAACUCAGGUUUAUCAUCACCAGAACAACGAUCUCUGUUUAGGAAAUUGCGCAAAAACCUUCUUCUGAUCGCGGCAAUUGAUACGUUGAUGUUUGGUGUAGCCAUGGGUACACUACAGAUCAUUAUUCUAUACGCAGAGUAUAUAUUCGGCUGGGGAAACUAUGAGUCCAGUGUGUUCCUCUCAGUUGCAAACUGUGGGCGUGUUUUCACCUUGCUUGUUGUAUUACCGGCGAUAACGAGACUCUUCCGUGGGCCACAACAAAGAACACAGCCUAACUCUGGAAGUGACUGGCUGGACAUUUUGUGCAUCCGACUGGCCAUUCUAUUUGAUCUCCUGGGGUAUAUUGGCUACUCGCUUUCAGGGUCUGGAGGGGUCUUUAUAUUAUCUGCCGUGGUCGCAUCAUUUGGAGGAAUGGGCUCACCAACUCUACAAUCGUCACUUACAAAACAUGUUCCUCCAAGCCAGACAGGACGGCUUUUAGGCGCAACCGGCCUUUUACAUGCCCUUGCUCGGGUUGUCUCGCCUGUCAUUUUCAACCUUAUCUAUAGCGCCACCGUCGGCAAGUUCCCUCAGGCUGUCUUUGUCUGUUUGGCAUCGGGUUUUGCCCUCGCAGGCAUUUUGAGCUGGUUUAUUUCACCCAAAGGUUGCUAUAUCUGA